AAUACACUGUCAUUUCAGGGCUGACAGCUGAUGCAAGGAUAGUUAUAAAUAGAGCUCGUGUGGAGUGUCAAAGCCACAGACUUACAGUGGAGGAUCCUGUCACCGUGGAGUACAUCACACGUUACAUUGCUAGUCUGAAACAGAGGUACACACAAAGCAACGGUCGCAGACCUUUUGGUAUCUCUGCUCUUAUCGUGGGAUUUGACUUUGAUGGAACCCCGCGGCUGUACCAGACCGAUCCUUCUGGUACAUACCAUGCUUGGAAGGCUAAUGCCAUUGGCAGAGGAGCCAAAUCUGUGCGUGAAUUUCUGGAGAAAAACUAUACUGAUGAAGCCAUUGAAACAGAUGAUCUAACUAUUAAACUUGUCAUCAAGGCUCUUCUUGAGGUUGUACAGUCUGGUGGGAAGAACAUUGAGCUGGCGGUUAUGAGGCGAGAACAGCCACUGAAGAUCCUAAACCCUGAAGAAAUUGAGAAGUAUGUUGCUGAAAUUGAAAAAGAAAAGGAAGAAAAUGAAAAGAAAAAACAGAAGAAAACAUCAUGAUGAAAGAAAUCCAACUGCUUAGCUGCUUCUUUUUAAUUCAAGUGAUGGGUUAUUCUGUAUAAACAACAUGUAGGCAUUCCACUUACUCAUACUGUGCCCCUCUUGAGACCUACAAUAAACCUACUGUUUUUUUUUUUAAACUGUUAUUU